AUGGCUGCUGUGGGAGGGGUUAUUAGGCGGCGGGAUGGACGAGGAUCAGGGCUUGGGGGAUCAGUUAAAGCUUCUUUAAGGGGGUCAACGGCCAAGAGGCUGGAACACUACAGAGCGCGUGUGUAUGGGCAGGGAAGGCAGAAGAACAAUGGAACAGACGACCAUUGGAGGGGGAUGAAGGAGACGACCAGUCUGACAGGCAUAAAGAUAGUUUGGGACUGGGAAGGAAGGGGCGGCAUUAAUAAUAAUACCACCGCCGGGAGGCUUGUUUACCCACAGGCAGUUGAUGCCUGGCAUUUCGCCUCAGCAAAGACCUCGACUGCGGAUUCCGCUGAUGAUGAUGGUGACGAUGAUGAUGGCGAUGAUGAUGACGAUUGUUUUUUUAACUUCCUCGUCCAAGCCCGCCAUGGUUCGACGGAUUACAUCCCCAUUCAGGAACAGAAAAGUAAACGGCGCUACUGCUCCCCUGUUUCUUCGUCUGAUGCUCACAUUCUGCGUGUUUCUUACCUUCAACACCACGCCAUUGGGGAAGUCGAUGUGAUGCGAAGUUCAACUCCGACUCAGUCAGAAAAGCCUCGGCGUCGUCUCUUGGAGAAACACAAACAUACGCGCCUCGUCUUACCAUCCUAA